CACUACCGUGCAAGUGCAUCAGUGCAUCUGAGCUCAGAUACAACACAGACCUCUCCACAUACAACAUGCUGAAACUGGUGGUGUUGUCCUGCUUGGUGGCGGCCGCAGCAGCCGGCGCGCUCUUACCGUACGCACCCCUCGCCUACUCGGCGCCCCUCGCCUACUCGCCACCCUUCGCCUACGGGGCGCCAUUGCUGGCCCCCUACGCCCCUAACUACCGCGGCCCUCUAUCCCUGGCGCCUGGCCAGCCCGCCAACAUCCUCGCGGCUGACGGCAGGCCGCUCGACACCUUGGACGUGAACCUGGACCGCUCUGCACACUACACCGCCAAGGCCCUGGACAACGCCGGCUUCCACAUCUUGAAGAAGCGCUCCGCUCCCCUAAUCGCGCCUUCGGCACCCUUCGCCUACGGGGCGCCAGUGCUGGCCCCCUACGCUCCUAACUACCGCGGCCCUCUGUCUCUGGCGCCUGGCCAGCCCGCCAACAUCCUCGCGGCUGACGGCAGGCCGCUCGACACCCUGGACGUGAACCUGGAUCGCUCCGCACACUACACUGCCAAGGCCCUGGACAACGCUGGCUUCCACAUCUUGAAGAAACGCUCCGCCCCCUUGAUCGCGCCCAUCAGCCGCGUGGCGGUCGCUGCUCCCUUGGUCCACAGUUACGCCGCUCCCUUCGCUUACUCUGCACCCGUCAUCAGUUCCCGCCUGGCCGUGGCUCCCAUCAGCUACGCUGCCGCACCCCUCGCCCAUUACUGGAAAUGAAGAACUUAGUCCACUGAUCAAUUGUAAAUAAACCGACUACAGAUUAAUUA